UGACAGCCCACUCAGUCUCUUCAAUGAUUUGGCAUUUUUUUGGUUGCUGAGAAAAGUGAGGAGCUAUAUUUUCCUCACACAAAUCUGGUCAUAAAUGCUAAAAUUAUCACUGGGUUUAAAAAUCGUCACUCCUUCUGCUAUACUUGAUAAUACUUUUCAAUCAUUUGAAAGGAAUGUGAAAAACGGGGAUUACAGAGAUGUAAAGAGGUGUGUAGACUUCCAAACGUAUCCGAUGAGUGUAAAUCUAUUUGUCGCUAGAGCACCAGGCACGCAAUCAGCACGCGAUAGGGGAGCUGGACACUGACGUUGCAUCAACAGCCACGUAAGGAGAGCUGGGAACAGAGGCUAUUAUUUUACAUACUUCACAACACCUUGUGCAGAGCGCGCAGUCUUCAGUUUCUCUCCGCAAAUCCCGUGGCAGCGCACAUAAAGAACUUCAAGAGCCUUGCUAUAGUUCCAGCAUGCUACAUAUUCGGCAUUUUGUAUCCAAGCAUAUCCGUAUGGCAACAGUUUAAUUUGCUGAGCAGUUUUGGAAGAUCGUUUUUUCCUCGGCUGAUGUGACAUUAUCCCUUUGGAAUGAUGUGGACCUCUCAUGAUUCUAUUGGAUUUGUUUUCCUGUCCAGUUUAUGUAUCCAAUUUGGAUUCUCCUUUGAAGGAAAGUUUACGGAUAUCCCCUCCAAUCUAACAGUAAAAGAAGGUCAAAAUAUUGAAAUGGCGUGCGCCUUCCAGAGUGGAACCGCAUCAGUUUACUUGGAGAUUCAGUGGUGGUUCAUUAGAGCGCCAGAAGAACUGAGCAACAGCGAGGAGGACGAUGAUGACAAAGAAAUGGAAAUGAUACCAGAGCCCGAUCCAGAUGACGAAGGGACUAAAAUAAGUACGGUGAAAGUACAGGGAAACGACAUCUCCCACAAACUGCAGAUCUCCCGGGUGGGGAAGAGUGACGAGGGCCUGUAUGAGUGCAGAGUCACCAAUGCCAACUAUGGAGAGCUGCUGGAGUACAAGGUCCAGGCCUACCUGAAGGUGAACAGCACCCGGCCCCGCAUCAGACCGGUCAAGAAGACGUCCCCCCUGUCCCACCUGACAGCAGAUAAGAAGUCCCGCAAGACAGGCUCCACAGCAGCACAAGACGGCAUGAGCGCCGACCAGAGGGUCCGCUCUACCUCCAGCUCUCAGACGUCAUCAGCCAAGACAGUCAAACACAGUUCAGGUACUAGGAUAGCUACAAGCUACGGACUUGCCAUCCUGAUUCUUGGCUGUGGCUUUAUGAGGGAUACCUUGCUAUAGUUUCAAGAACUUACUUUUCCUCCCAGUAUCACUAUGUAUGGCCUGUUAUUACCACCAAGCAGACAGCACAGUUGGCCCUUUUUUUCCCACCACUACUCUGCACCUAAUGAAUUCUUAUUACCCAUUGUACACAAGAGGCACCUUCUCAAAGGCCAGUGGCGGGAUUACCUGUUGUGCCAAUGUUUCUUCAGCGUUCCCAACAAUUGAAACAAAAUGGAAACUGACAGUGUCUACUUGGAAUAUCUUUCACAAAUACUUUUAUUUGGGUUUCCUGCAGUACAUUUAUUGUGUCAAAGUAAAAAAAAAAGAUCUAUAUUUGUGUAAUAUAUGAGUAUAUAAUUGUUUUAUUUCAAACUCCUUGAACUGUUUAUAGCUUACAUUCACUAUGUUGAUCAUGUAACUACAUUGUGCAAGGGUAUUCAUGCCACUCCCAAAACAAAAUAACUACUAAAAUACAACAAAAUGAUGUAUAGGCCUAGUUGGAUUGCUAAAUUAGGGCAACUCGACGUUGUAUUCUUUUAAAAUCUGCAUAUGUAUAACCUGCAACUACAAUUCUUGAACUUUGUUAUUAUUGAUCUGUUCUCAUUAAUUUUCACAUUCUUUACUUUUGUACGGUAUAUAAAUAUAAUCAUUUUCCAUCUCUUGUAAUUUCCUGAUGUUCACAUGUUAUGAUGCAUAAAAAUGUCAAUGUUUAUACGUGACCGUGCCAGCAGACCAUUCGUUGACAUUUGGGCUGCACUAAUAUUGUACAAAGCCAUUAAGAAAUGGAAUGCUUCACUUAGAGUACAGCUCUAAUAUUCAAAUAUGCUCCAUUACUGAAAAUAAGUAUCUAGGUACUGCUUUAGCCUAAUGCUCAGGGGCAUUAUCUUUGUGUAAAGAAUCUCACAUUAGCCAAGAAGAGUUCUUAUGCCAUUUGAUGGUGCAAUGAUGCCCCAAUGGUAUCUACAGUACACCUUUCUUAUCUGUAACACAAAGAUAAGGACGAGGAAACAGUUUAUAGGUCUUGUGAUUAAGAAAAUGUUUUUUAAUUGUUCUCGCUCUUGUCCCUUCUCAAUGUUCAUCAACACAUUGCUUUGACAAUCUGACCUCUUGAUUCAGAACCCGUUAGCAGAAGUCAUGGAUUCUACUGUUAUACAAAACUGUUAAUAGAUAUAGAAGCUGUCUAAAUGUCUAUCUUCAUUGUUCCAUAGACAUUCACCACUUGGAAUAAUUUCCAUUCACUAUAUGGAUGCACCGAUUUUAUGUAGUGUCAUUGUUAAGUGCAGUGACCACUGGACAUAUUAUCCCACCAUAGCUAUUGUAUGAAUAGGUGGUAUUGGUAAUGGAUGCAGCAACAGUGCUUCAGAUCUGCCAUUCAGUUGAGCUGAAGAGUGUAUCCAUAGACUGAAGAGAGUCUCCAUUGUAAAAUGUAUCAUGCAACCAAAGACAGUGGCUAUGGCCAUACAUUAUUGACGUUCACCAACAUCGAUCUCUUUGCACAUUGCUUAUACUGUAGCCUAGUUUUCUCACAUAUUGUGCCCAUUUAUUCCCAAUAUUUUUACAGUGUCAGAAGGAGGCAGACAAUCUGCCCAGAUUCACAAAGUACUAUCUGUCCAUUUCUUCAAAUCGUAUUUAAAAUAACAGCACUUUGGACUUACUGAGAUGGAAUAAUUAUAAGUAUUGGCAAUGGAUACAAAUUCCAGGGGCCAAUAAGAAGCAGGAUUUUGCUUAAGGUCUCCAUCGUAAACAGUCUCCAGUCUUCUGUACACAGCGCUGCUGAACUCAGUGAGGAACCUAAACCUGUUGAUACAGAAGUUGGAGUUAGCUGACAGAGCAUAUAACACAGAAGAAUCCAGCUAGAGACAUAUUGUAAUCAGCAAGUCUUGUCAGGGUACAAAAUGUGUGGGCGAUAUACAGUAUUUAAUCUGCUAUGUUCCAGUGGUGCUGGGAUGAGAACAGUUAAUCUAGCAAAGCUACUCAACCUCAAAUCAAUAUUAGGCUAAAGUCCAUUGAGUAAAAGUUAUUAUAUGACUAUUAUGACGAAUCCUAACUGUUCAGUUUUGAGGAAGAUGAUUUUGAGAACUUGACAUCUGCUAGUAGAAUGUUUAUCACAUACAAGUUCUCCAAUCAGGUAAAAUGGAAAGCAUAUUUGUGUGCACAGUAAAAUGAAUGCCUUCAGUUUAUCAAAUCCCUGUAUAAAAUUUGAAAAAUAAAAUAAAACAUCUGUAAAACUUGUAAAGUAAUCAGCAUGUAACCUUUUUUUUUAAUCCAAAUGUCUAAAAGCAGAGACAAGUGAUGUUCUGUAUUUGUAACAAUGUUGUCAUUUAUUAAUUUUCAAGUGCUAAUAACAGGAAAUGGAAUUUAAAAACAACUUUAUUGACAGUCUGUUAAGGAGGACCACUUUCCAUGGCAGUACUCACCUGUUGCAAGGCCUACAGUACUUCAACUCACUGGAUUUUAUCAACAGGAAAUGGACUCACAACAGAGUACAGGCUCAAGCAAAGUGGAUAUAUCAUUUAAAGGAUCGACAGAGUCGUUUGUUAAGGGAAUUGCGACAUCUGACAAUUGUCUCAGCCCACCAAACAAGAUACUACUGUAUACUAUGACAUUUUAGCAACUCAAAUCAAUGGAUAUUGUUUCAGAAACGACAACACAGCAGUUUUCAUGUUCUUUUUUUAUGAUGCCGAUAUCCAUUGUUUCAGCUCCACAUAGAUGUAUUGUUUCCUUAUUACGCUUCAUCUCGAUGCAGUCUUGUCUGUUUGUUGAGCUGUCAAAAAUGUUAUGACCUGUAAUUUUAUUUUGAUUUGGUACUGUGUGAAGCUUCUGUACUGGAACGUUGCAGCAGUUUGUAUUAUAAUGAUGAUAUCAGAAAAAUAUUUAAAUAAAUCAUUUUCACAGAUGGGAUUCAAACACC